AUGGAGGAAGAAAAAGACUGGACUGCUAUCUUUCAUCGGGUGACUGUUCAGAGGAUUGCUCAAGCUUCUGUUCAGAUUCUUCCCCUGCCGCCUAUCUUUUUUGUCUUCUCAAGAAGCCUUUUCAGCUGCCUAUCAGAUGGUUCUAACUCUCAUCAACGCCUAUUCAGCUGCCUUAUCUGA